AGAGAGAGAGAGAAGGGGAGAAAGAAAGGGCGAGUUUCAGCUGUUGUGAAGAGAGGAAGAGACGUGUGAUUGUGUGUCAUUAGAGAGACAAAUGGUUGGACCGUCGAGGCCUCAGAUCGUUCUUUUUGGAUCAUCCAUUGUCCAGAUGAGCUUUGGUCAUGGUGGUUGGGGCGCCAUUCUCUCUGAGAUCUAUGCUCGCAAGGCUGACAUCAUUCUGCGAGGAUAUUAUGGAUGGAACUCAACUCGUGCUUUGGAUGUUGUUGACAAAGUGUUCCCCAAGGAUGCCUUGGUACAACCUUCUCUCGUAGUUGUCUAUUUUGGAGGAAACGACUCAAUGGCACCUCACCCUUCUGGUUUAGGACCUCACGUGCCACUACCUGAAUACGUUGAUAACAUGAAGAAGAUAGCUCUUCAUCUUCAGAGCCUUUCAGACACAACUCGUAUCAUAUUCCUAAGUUGCCCUCCAGUGAACGAGGCCAAAGUUCGUCAAAACCAAAGCCCAUACUUGAGCGAGAUAAUCCGCACAAACGAGCUAUGCAAGACAUAUUCAGACGCUUGUGUGGAGCUAUGCAAAGAGCUUGGCUUACAAGUAGUUAAUCUCUUCUCUACUCUUCAGAAAGCAGAUGAUUGGGAAACCGUUUGCUUCACAGAUGGGAUUCAUUUGUCAGCACAAGGAAGCAAACUUGUGGCUGCAGAGAUACUUAGAGUGGUUAAAGAAGCGGAGUGGAGACCGUCGCUUCACUGGAAAUCGAUGCCAACUGAAUUUUCAGAGGACUCUCCUUAUGAUCUUGUUGGAGCAGAUGGUAAAACGACGGUGAACUCUUCGGAGUGGACUUACUUCUGGGAAGAACAGUGGGAGUAAACAUUACAACACACACACACAACAACGAGACCUUUAUAUAAUGUAUUGUUGUCUUUGUUUUAGAAGUAAUAAUUAAGUGUGUUGCUUUAGUAGUUUUUGAAUAUCCCCUAUAUAUUAAUCCUGAAGCAUUCAUAAAUGCACAACCUUUGCGAGCAUACUUACGUGUCAAGUUCACAGAGCUUCUCAGCCUUAAUUUUUUAAUGGACCAACUUUGCUAGGAAUGAAAUAAU